UUGAAAAUUGACAUCUGAUUUUUUAAGGUUAAUUUUCUUUUCAAAGUCCAUAAUUAAAAAUAAAUGGAAACGAUUUAUAUUUAUAAGUAUUUUUAACAAAUGGUCUCAAGUUAGACCACGUAUCAUAAAAGAUGAUUCAAUCAUAUACAAAUUGUUUCAUCAGAACAAGCAAGCUGUUAUGGCAAAUUCAAAUUAAAAAUACCAGAGCACUCUGUACUCUUCCUUCAAGUAGUCAGCACAAUACGCUCAGUGGUUACAGCGAUACCGAUCAAAAUUAUAUAUUGAAUAUUUUAAAUGAGAAGUCCAUUGAUGAUUUAUCACGAUAUUCUAUCACUAAAGUUAGACUCAAAAAGUUAGAGCAAUACCGUAACAGAAAAGGAAAGUUUAAUAAUCUUGAAACGCCAUUGGAAGUAGAUGGUUUUGGAAUAAAAGUACUAGAUAAGUUUUAUAAGAGUGUAUUAGAUGAGAGAGACAAUAAAAAACCAACUGAAAAAGUUGUGAAAGGCAAAAAAAGAAAUUUGGGUUUUCUUACACCACCUCUUGAUGAAAAUAUUCGAAAAAAAGUUUCAAAUAUUGUAUCAAUUCAUGUGAGUUUGAAUGCUGUUAGUUGGUCUGUUAUAAAUAUUUUAGCUGAUUCAUUUAUUACUGUUAAAAGUUGUAAUCUUUAUGAUUACAAGCAAGAAAAUAAACGAACGGGCUUCAGUCAACUUUUACAAUUGGCCUUAAGUAUUGCACGAUUAAUUCCUGAAGGAGACAUUUAUAUUUUUGAAGCACUGCAAAAUAAUGUGAAUCCUACCACCGCCAGUACAAAUUAUGUUAGGAAUGAUCGAAUCCAGCUAAUAUCUAUGCUAAGUGCAAUUUUAGCAAAUAGAAAACAAAUGGAGCAAAAUAUUAAUCAUAAUCAAAAUAUACAAGAGAAUACAGAUAGUUUAUUAUAUAACUUUGUUGAAGAAAGUACGAAUCACAGUGUUUACUUCAUGCGAAAUAUGCUGGUAGCCAGGUUUUAUAAGACUAUCAUUGGCAGUGAAAGUAUUUCAACUGAGCCCAUUAUAUUAAAAAUUUUUGAAAAUUCAACCAAAGGUUUGCCUAAUUCUUUAGAACCAAGAGUAAUACAACAUGUAAUUGAUUUUUACCAUACAUUGAAUCCAAUUCAUAAAGAAAUUUUUCGUCAAGCUGUGCUAAUUGGUUUAACAUGUGCUAAAGUUUGUGUAGUAGCUGAUGAAAUUAGUAUUAGCAAAGUAUACAGCCGGCAAUAA